AUGGCCAGGCUCCCUGGCCCUUUUCUCUGCGGGGCCCUGUUGGGCUUGGUGGGCCUAAGUGCUCCAGGGCUAGCAGUGGAAGUGAAGGUACCCUCCGAGCCGCUGAGCGCACCGGUGGGCACGUCUGCCGAGCUGACCUGCAGCUACAGCACAUCAGUGGGAGACAACUUCGCCCUGGAGUGGAGCUUUGUGCAGCCUGGGAGGCCCGUCUCUGAGUCCCAUCCUAUCCUAUACUUCACCAAUGGCCAUCUGUAUCCAACUGGUUCUAAGGCAAAGCGGGCCAUCUUGCUUCAGAACCCGCCCACAGGAGGCGUGGCCACGCUGAAACUGACUGACGUCCACCCCUCAGAUACUGGAACCUACCUCUGCCAUGUUAAUAACCCGCCAGAUUUCUACACCAAUGGGUUGGGGCUAAUCAACUUUACUGUGCUGGUGCCUCCCAGUAACCCCUCAUGUAGUCAGAGCGGGCAAACCUCUGUGGGCAGCUCUGCUGCACUGAGAUGUCGCUCUUCUGAGGGAGCUCCCAAGCCAGUGUACAACUGGGUGCGCCUUGGAUCUUCUCCUACACCGUCCCCUGGCAGCAUGGUUCAAGAUGAGGUGUCUGGCCAGCUCAUCCUCACCAACCUCUCUCUGACCUCCUCCGGCACCUACCGCUGUGUGGCCACCAACCAGAUGGGCAGUGCAUCCUGUGAGCUGACCCUCUCUGUGACUGAUCCCUCCAAAGGCCGAGUGGCCGGGGCUCUGAUCGGGGUGCUCCUGGGUGUGCUAUUGCUGUCAGUUGCUACCUUCUGCCUGAUCAGGUUUCAGAAAGAAAGGAAGAAGAAUCCCAAAGGGACCUAUGGGGGUAGUGACCUUCGGGAGGACGCCACUGCUCCUGGGAUUUCUGAGCAAACUUCUGUGAGGGCUGAUCCUAGCAUUGGGCUGCUGGAGAAGGCCCCGUCUGCCAGCACUGUGACGACCACGAAGUCCAAGCUCCCUAUGGUGGUCUGAUUUCUGAUCCCCGAGGGCGGUGAAGAAGGAUGCUAAUAAUUAAAAGUCUUUGGGUACCAUA